CCCUCGGGCUGGCUCGGGUGCUCCCGGCGGCGGGGUCUGCGGGACGCGGGCGCGGGGCGCGGGCAGAGCGCGCCGGGCGCCAUGGAGGGACUGGUCCUGCUCAACGCCCUGGCCACCCGGCUGCUCUUCGUGCUGCACUCGCUGGUUGGAGUCUGGCGAGUGACCGAGGUGAAGGAGGAGCCGUGGUACUGGCUGCUGGCGCUGCUCAACCUCUUGCUUUUUCUGGAGACGGCGCUGACCCUCAAAUUCAAGCGCGGCAGAGGCUACAAGUGGUUUUCACCAGCCAUAUUUUUAUAUCUGAUUAGCAUUGUUCCAUCAUUAUGGCUUCUUGAAAUGCACCAUGAGACCCAGUAUUGCAGUAGCCAAUCUGAAGGAAUGUCAAAGAACACCAGCACCAAAGAAGACUUCAAUCAAACUCUGCUGUCAACUGAACAAACCAACAAAGCGGAUGAUCUCAUUGAGACGGCCAAAGUUUUUGUAAAUAACUUAUCUACAGUAUGCGAGAAAGUUUGGACUUUGGGACUCCAUCAGACAUUCCUGCUAAUGCUAAUAAUUGGAAGAUGGCUUCUACCCAUUGGAGGCGGGAUUACUCGGGAUCAACUCUCUCAACUUCUUCUUAUGUUUGUGGGGACAGCUGCUGACAUACUGGAAUUCACAAGUGAGACCCUGGAAGAAGAAAAUGUGAGGAAUAGCCCUGCUCUGGUCUAUGCCAUCCUUGUUAUAUGGACCUGGAGCAUGCUGCAGUUCCCACUUGACCUGGCAGUACAGCACGUUGUGUGCCCUGUGUCUAUGACAACAAGGGGGUUCCCCAGCCGGUUCUUUUGCCAAUACAGCGCCGACCUGUGGAACAUUGGAAUCAGCAUCUUCAUACAAGACGGUCCCUUCCUUGUUGUGCGACUCAUACUGAUGACCUAUUUCAAAGUGAUCAACCAGAUGCUGGUGUUCUUUGCUGCCAAGAAUUUCCUGGUGGUGUUGUUACAGCUCUACCGCCUGGUGGUGUUGGCCUUGGUUGUCCAUGCUUCCUUGCGGAGUCAGCAAGAACGCCUGAAAGGAGAGCACAGAUGCCCAGGUGUACCAGCUGAGAGUGGGGUCUCACCUGCGGCCUGGGCAGGUGGUUCGAAGGAGGGCUUGGCUAUCCCUUUACAGGCCUUGCCGGUCACCUCUGACGACUCUCCCCUGACCCCAUAGUUAGUCACCGAGAGCAGCAUGCCACCAGAAGGCUUGACUUUCCAGUUCCUAUAGACAGAAUCUUCUCUCUCUCUCUCUCUCUCUCUUUUUUUAACCUUGGCAUAUAAUAAUUUUCAAAAGAACAACAUAAAAAGUGAUCUUAAACCAAAGCCGAGGAACUUCUUUUUCAACGGAAUGAAAAGAACUUUGAUUAGUGGCUGUCGCUACAACAUCUGUGUGAUGGCAUCAGAUGCUACAGUUGUUCAACCGCUAAGUGAUUUGUUUGUCUUGAACUGUUUGAAAAGCUGUGGACAGGGUUACAGUGACACAUGCCCUCAAGACAUUUAAUGCAGACAAACUGUCCUGGCUGUUACCUGAGAAUAGAGAAGCUUUGAACUUUGGCUCUAUUGU